UGGUUUUAGUUUUAGUUUACUAUAAUAACCCUCAAUAUUAUUGAAUAUGAUAUUGAUAUAAAUGAAGUAGCAUUCUAUGCUUUAUAUUGCUUUAACACACUUCAAUAACAACUUUUUGUUUUUAUUAUUGUACUGUUUACAUUACUCAGUUAUUGUCCUGAAGAUGUUAUUCACUAUAUAUUAUAAAUGAACAAUUAUCUUAAUUUUGCUUAUGUUAAUAUUCAUGUAUUAAAAAGAGAGGAUCUUUGGCAUCACCGCGAUGAUGGUGUGCUGCGCUCUCAGUCAUUGGCUCGUGCAGCGCACGCCACUGAUUCUGCGGUAAAGAUGGCGGCGGCGGAGGGGGCGCGCAGCGGCUGGAGCAGAACGGAACGACCCCAGACGGGUCAGCUUUAAGAGAAACAGCGCUGGGGGCAAGAGGAUCGUACAUUCCCGUUUAACAGAGCCGCUUAUCCGGUGCCGUUUGGUAGAAUUUAACGAUUAGACUGUGCGUUGUUAGCUGUUAGGUGGUGGGUGGGUUCUCUCGCUCUCUCUCAUACACACACACACAUACACACAGAUUGCUAAGCUAAGCUAACGGAGCUCGGUCCGGUCCGGUAGAGGAGGAAGAGGAGGGGUGACCAGGAAGGGGAAGACUAUCAUCCCGAACAGAACAGGCCGUCGUCCCGCGGGUCGUUCUUUGGGGGAUGUGAGCGGUCCAAACGGACGGCGGGUCUUUCCACGGAUCUGUGUUAUUUUCCCACCCAGAACACUCGCAGGAUGGGACAACAGGUAGGCCGCGUGGGAGAAGGGGCUUCCGCGGGGAUCCAGACCCCACCGCAGGGGCAACAGCAGCAGGGCAGAUCGAACCGGGCCAGCAGCUCCGGGAGGAGACCCCGAGACGGCGGCGGCAGCGGCAACAUCAACAUCACCGGGACUCCACCGGGCAGAACUGCCGCCGCCGCCGCUGCAGCGAACAUCAUGCUGGAUCCAGGAAUCAAUGUUUUCACCCUGCAUUCAGAGGCCCUGCACAGGCCGUUUGGACUGGACUCGACGUCGCUGACGGAGGCGGUGCGCUGGAGCUCGAAGGAGAAUCUGCUGGGUGCUGCGGAGAGUGACCCCAACCUCUUCGUUGCGCUUUACGACUUUGUUGCCAGUGGUGACAACACACUGAGCAUCACGAAAGGAGAGAAGCUGCGAGUGUUGGGGUACAACCAGAAUGGCGAGUGGAGUGAAGUCCGUUCGAAGAAUGGCCAGGGUUGGGUACCCAGUAACUACAUCACCCCUGUGAACAGUCUGGAAAAGCACAGCUGGUAUCAUGGGCCCGUGUCCCGCAGCGCCGCUGAGUACCUGCUCAGCAGCCUGAUCAACGGCAGCUUCCUAGUGAGGGAGAGUGAGAGCAGCCCUGGCCAGCUGUCUAUCUCGCUUCGCUAUGAGGGACGGGUCUAUCAUUACCGGAUCAACACCGCCUCUGACGGAAAGGUCUACGUAACAGCUGAAAGUCGUUUCAGCACAUUAGCUGAGCUGGUUCAUCAUCAUUCCACAGUGGCGGAUGGUCUGGUAACCACAUUACACUAUCCCGCUCCAAAAUGCAACAAGCCAACCGUUUACGGCGUCUCCCCCAUCCACGACAAGUGGGAGAUGGAGCGCACCGACAUCACCAUGAAGCACAAGUUAGGCGGAGGCCAGUACGGAGAGGUGUACGUCGGAGUUUGGAAAAAGUACAACCUCACUGUAGCUGUAAAAACACUAAAGGAGGACACCAUGGAGGUUGAGGAGUUUCUGAAGGAAGCUGCAGUCAUGAAGGAGGUCAAACAUCCCAAUUUGGUACAAUUACUGGGUGUGUGUACAUUGGAGCCUCCAUUCUACAUAGUGACUGAGUACAUGCCACAUGGGAACCUGCUGGACUACCUGCGUGAGUGUGACAGGGAGCAGGUGAACGCUGUGGUGCUGCUCUACAUGGCCACUCAGAUCUCCUCUGCCAUGGAGUAUCUGGAGAAGAAAAACUUCAUCCACAGGGACUUGGCAGCUCGUAAUUGUCUGGUUGGAGAGAAUCACGUGGUCAAGGUAGCUGAUUUCGGACUGAGCCGUCUGAUGACAGGCGACACCUACACCGCUCAUGCUGGGGCUAAAUUCCCCAUCAAAUGGACAGCACCAGAGAGUCUGGCCUAUAACACCUUCUCCAUCAAAUCAGAUGUUUGGGCAUUUGGAGUGUUGCUUUGGGAGAUUGCCACAUAUGGCAUGUCUCCAUACCCAGGAAUCGACCUGUCUCAGGUGUAUGAUCUGCUGGAGAAGGGCUACCGCAUGGAGCAGCCUGAGGGAUGUCCUCCUAAAGUCUACGAGCUUAUGAGAGCCUGUUGGCAGUGGAGUCCACUGGAUAGACCCUCAUUUGCUGAGAUUCACCAGGCCUUUGAGACCAUGUUCCAUGACUCAAGCAUCUCAGAAGAGGUAGCCGAAGAGCUGUGUAAAACUGCAUCUGGUGGGCAAGGUGGGCUCGCACACACCUUUGGCCACGAUAUGCCACUCUUGCCCUCAAAGUCUCGUGGGCAGAAGAAACACUCUGAGAACAAAGAGAAUAUGGAGGAGGCAGGACCCCACGGCCCUGCAGGUCUUGCAGCAUCCCUUUUUGUGGGUGAUGGACGCUCCAGCAGCUCUCCUGCCCUACCACGUAAACAGAGGGAUAAGUCUCCCUCUAGCCUGCUGGAGGACUCCCAGGACACUACCUUCACCCGUGACCGCAAGGCUGGCUUCUUCAGUUCUUUCAUGAAGAAGAAGUCCAUGUCUUCCUCUUCUAAUUCAUCCUCACCUCAGCAGCAACAGAAUCUCCCUAUGCCUCCCAAGAGGAGCAGCUCUUUCCGGGAGAUGGAGACCCAGCCCCAUAAAAAGUAUGAGCCCACGGCUGGGUUUGCAGGCCCUCCUCCUCCUUUGCCCCAAACUGAUGGGUUGAAUUUUUCUCCAUCUCAUGGAGAGGGGAACCACGUGCAGUCCCGCUGUUGUGGGGCCACGUUUGGACAGAAACCCUCAAGUUCAAACUCUGGAGCAACUUCUGGUCAAGUUGGGAGCAGCAGUAGUUGGGGAAGCCUUGCAGGCUUCUUUACCCCUCGCCUUAUCAAAAAGACCCUGGGAUUGCGGACUGGUAAGCCUUCUGGUAUAGACGAAGGAAGUGGAACCAAGCCAUUCCCUCGUUCCAAUUCAACUUCCUCAAUGUCUGCCGGUUUGCCGGACUUAGAGCGCAUGGCGUUGACAUUACCAAGAAACCGAAGCAAACCCCCAUUAGAGCGUACAGCUUCCACCACCUCACAGCCAGAGAAUGGGGCAGCACGUCCUUCAGAUGCAAUCCUGAGGAAGCUUGACGAAGGUACGGCUCAGAUACGAGAUCGUCCCAAAGCCAAACUCUUGCCACGAGGGGUCGCAGGUGGAGUUAGGGCACCAGGUGUAGGGGGAGAGGCAGAUUCAGACUCCAACACACGAGGAAAAGAUGGGCAAGAUGACAGGCAAUGCUGGUCGUCUCCAUCGAAAACCUCCACCCUUGGUUCGGUCAAUCUGCACAACCACAAAGUUCCAGUGCUGAUCUCCCCAACUCUAAAGCACAGCUCGGCUGAUGUACACCUAGUCGGUGUGGACUCUCAGGGCAACCGCUUUAAACUGCUGUCCGACAGUGGCGAUCGUGACCGACCGCGACUGGUGAAGCCCAAAUGUGCACCUCCUCCACCGCCCAUGCUCCGCUCCCUCCAACACGCCUACAGUGCCGAUGCAGCUGACGAAGCGGUCAGUGGAAACAUAGAGAUCAAUGGAGAUGGCAUCAAAAGGUCAGGAAGAGAAGCCAGAGGAGCACGUCCAUCAAUACCACCACCACAAGUGCCUCCAGCCCCCAUAGUCCCCUCUAGUAACAACACCACCCAAACUAAGAUGGCCAAUGGUGCUUCUAGUGGUGGACCUGGCCCUACUUCCACCAAACCCACCCUUAGACGGACUCGGCAGCAGACAGAACGGAUCCCACUGGAGAAAAUCAGCAAGGAGGCUCUUUUGGAAUGUGCCGAAUGCUUGAGUAGUGCUCUUCAAGGCAACGCCGAGCUUUCCUCCAGCAGCCAGGUCCUGGAUGUGGGCCACCAACUUUUGGACUACUGCUCGGGGUAUGUUGAUUGCAUCCCCCAGACACGUAAUAAAUUUGCCUUUCGUGAGGCAGUGGGGAAACUGGAGUUGAGUCUACAGGAUCUGCGCGCUUCCUCUACAGGUGGGGGAGCGGGACCUGGGACCAGCCCGGCUCUUGACAACUUGCACACGUGCAUUAAAGAGAUCAGUGACGUUGUGCAAAGGUAGCCACUGUGUCCACCUCCAAAACUCCUCCUCCUGUACCCCUUGAGAUUUUUUGCAUCAGAAUCAAUUUUAUUUUAUUUAAGUGUUGGGGGACAGAGAGUAUUCUCUAAGAAGUACCUCAGAAAAUUACUACAAACACUCUCUCUAACUUUUUAUUGUUUACAGGUGACUUUCUCCUUGAAAUUGCCAGUUGGGAACAGAGUUCUUUGUAUAUAAGCUUUUUGUCACUACCAAAAUACACAGUUUUGUUUUUGACAAAUUAAUACUUAAAGUUUUAUCUUGGUAUGACAGAAUCCGUUUUCACAAAUAGACAGGGGUUGCACAGGUUAAUGUGAGCCGACUACAAAUGAACUGGUCCACUUAUCAUGCAUUUUGUUUUUAGUUACAGAUUUCCAUUCGCUUUUUCGAUAUUUCAUUUGCAUUGUUUCCAUAGUAACUGGAUAUUGCAUCAGAAUGUCAAUGCAAACAUAAAAAUGCCCAACAUUUAUGGCAUAAAUUGAGCGUAAACAAUAUUGCUUGUUCAGAAGCUGCAGUAGUAAUGAUUGUGGAUUGCAAACAUAGCUCUUUGUUCAGUCUCAUAUUACACACUAAAACUAUUUCUGUCUACGUCCCAUACUGUCAUUUUUUUUUUUUUUUUUUUGACCACAUUUGUUAAACAAUACAGCAUUUGAUGACCAUUCAUAAUUAGGUAUAUCUUUCUGUAAUUAGUCUUCAUUUUGACAUGGUCCAUGCAUUAUUGUUGCUAGCAGUGAUUUGUUGUGGCAUAGUUGAAAUGGUGUUGGGUCUGUCACCACAUGGAUCAUAUUUGGCCUUUUAUAUCCGUGGCCUUUAGGUAAUGCCCCCAUCAGCCAGAUGGCACAAAUCUACAGUCUGACUCUAGAGUUCUCAACACUUAAGAAUUCUAAACAUGUUUCUAGAUUUUAUUGAUUUGCUAUGGGGGAAUUAUGUGAUGUGUGGAGAGUCUGAAUUUAUUUUUUGACCAUCAUGGUGCCAACACAGAAGCAGCAACACUAGAGAUACAAGUAUUGCCAAGUCUUUUAACACAAAAUGCAUUUUCCUUAGCACAUUGAUUUGUAACUUUAUUUUGAUUUCACUUUAGAAUGUCGCCAUUUGUAAACUUGAAUUUUAAAUUAUUUUUGAUUAAAAGCACAGGCAUUUUUAUGAUAUUGUAGAAAUUGCAUAUUAUUUUAUACUCACAAACAGGCAUGGAAGGUCAUGCUCACUUGUGUCCUUGUGGUGAGAAUUUGGUGUGAGGGUCUCCAUCUGUGCAUCUACAUUAUGAAUGUAUUCAUUUGUUGAAAGCAGGAAUGUUGUUUUUUUUUUUUUUUUGCGUGCGUGCGUGUAUAUGUUUUCCAUAGUCUCACACAGUUUAAACUUUAUUAAAAAGAAACAUUAUUAAAAGAAACAUUUUCUUCAGAACACAAACAGUUACAAAUGUUUUCUGAGUCUGUAUUCAUAAAAUGAUAGAUUUCUAUUAGAAUUUGCAUAAAUGAGAUUUUUGUGGGUACCCUGCAAUGUCAUAAUUAAAAUGUAAUGAAGAUGAUUUGUACCGAUUACACUGGAGCACAUUUUUAAAGCAUAAAUGUUAAUUGCCUUGCCUUAAUUCACUAUUCUUGGGUAUGUAGUAUGGAAAUAUUGGAAGGAGACAUUGUUUUUGCCAUGCAUCUCCAUGACAUUUCAAUUCCACUGCAACAGAAAAUCAUACAUGUUGUUUGUUCAAAACCAUUUUUGUACUCUAAAUCAUAGCAUAAUUUGCCUACACUAACUUAGCUUGUUUUGCCAUUUUUCUUUUUUUUUUUCUGCCAUGGGCAGUGUUUUCUGAUAUUACAUGGUGCCUUUUGUGAGAGAUUUAAUGUUUUGUGCACUGCAAGGUCAUGUUAAAGAUCUGUUUAUGUAAAUAUGUUUUGCGCUAAAAUAUUCAUUAUCAAUUUUAAGGUGGCAAAUGGGAUUUUUCAAGCCUUUAUUAUCAUUCAAGCUGCCCUGUUCAGACAUCUGGGUAUGUGAGGUGUCCAACUUGAAUAGGAAAAAGUGCAAUGAUCUGUCCUUUACUUAGAAAAAGACAUUGCUUGAAGUCUGGUCUCCUUUUACUGAAAGAGCUCAUGAAUUUGUUUUGCUUUGUCAGGAAUACCUCUCUUGUAAUCACGUUAACAGAGAAAAAAUAUUUUUCAUGUGUGAUUUAGCAGUUUGUUCUUUCAAACACAUGCAGGUCAUCUAUUCCAUUUAUUGUUAUGUCUAAAAAUGUUUAAUUACCAAACAACUGAGGGGGGAAAGAGUUAGUGACUGUUUUGUAUGUCAGUUUUACAUGAUUGUCAGGGAGUGUUUUGCCUUUUAAACCUUUUAGUAAACAGUCAAGUUUUUUUCUUUUCUUUUUUUCUUUUAUUGCCACUUAUCACCGCAAUUUUUUCUCUUUUUGGUAAAAUCAGUCCAUUUUAUUUUAGUAAACCUCCUCUGAAAGUUUGUGCAUUAAAUAAUAUUUUAUUGUAUCAUAUGUAGAGGAACAAUUCGGAGAGAACAAUCAUGUCCUAUAGUUUAUGCUUUAUGAGCCACUCAAGGCCUCUGAGAUGCAAAGUCGUACUGUUUGUCUCAAUAGAUUUCAGUCCUUUUACGGUUUCAAUUACCCAAGUUUUUUUUCCUUUUACAUUUUUGUUUGUCUCUUUUAUUUAUUUUUGGUUUAUUUAUUGAUCUACUUUUUAUGUUGAAUCCUGGAACUCACUCUUUUUUUUUUUUUUUUUUGGAGACUGUCUUUUUGUAAGGUCAGAUUUUAAGUGCUGAAGAAAUUUAUAUACCAAAGGCCACCUCUCUAGUCCUUCAAGUGCAAUGAAAAUAAAACACUCUUAAUUUUGAAUAUGUGAAUUUAACAGGGAUUAAAAAGGCAGAGGUUGACAGAUUAACAGUAUUUUUUUCUGUUUUGUAAAAAGUAUAUUUUGUGUGAUUGUAAUUUAAAGCUCACUUUUAAUAUUAUAUUACUGUGAAGUCCUUCCUCAGUGUUACACUUGAUGUAAAUAAUGAAUAAAGAAACUGUUGAAACAUUG